CCCUGGAGUACCCACGCGGGUUUCGUGGCUGUGUGUAGGCACAGUGUCGCGUGGGACGAACCGGACGGCGCCGGGCCUAUAGUCGUCGGCCCGAGGGAUGGCGCUGUUCCGGGGAAUGUGGGGCGUGCUAAGAACACUGGGGCGCACGGGGGUCGAGAUGUGCGCGGGCUGCGGGGGCCGCAUACCCUCGCCUGUCAGCCUUAUCUGUAUUCCGAAGUGUUUUUCCAGCUUGGGUAAUUAUCCAAAGAAACCUAUGAGUUCAUACCUUCGAUUUUCUACAGAACAGCUACCCAAAUUUAAAGCUAAACACCCAGAUGCAAAAGUUUCAGAACUGAUUAGAAAAAUUGCAGCCAUGUGGAGGGAGCUUCCGGAAGCAGAAAAAAAGGUGUAUGAAGCGGAUUUUAAAGCUGAGUGGAAGGUGUACAAAGAAGCUGUGAGCAAGUAUAAAGAGCAGCUAACUCCAAGUCAGCUGAUGGGCUUAGAGAAGGAAGCCCGGCAGAAACGCCUAAAGAAGAAAGCACAAAUCAAGAGGAGAGAAUUAAUUUUGCUUGGAAAACCAAAAAGACCUCGGUCAGCAUAUAACAUUUACGUAUCUGAAAGCUUCCAGGAGGCUAAGGAUGAGUCAGCUCAGGGGAAAUUGAAGCUUGUAAAUCAGGCUUGGAAAAAUCUGUCUCAUGAUGAAAAGCAGGCAUAUAUUCAGCUUGCUAAAGAUGAUAGAAUUCGUUAUGACAAUGAAAUGAAGUCUUGGGAAGAGCAAAUGGCUGAAGUUGGGCGAAGUGAUCUCAUCCGUCGCAGUGUGAAGCGACCCCCGGGAGACAUCUCUGAGAAUUAAGAUUGAAGACAGAGUUGUCAUUGGGAUUGGGCACAAGAAGCUGGUUAAGUCUCAAAGCCUUAAGUUGUCAAACUUGAAAGGAUAAAGGGGUUAACCUUUGACACUCAGUUCAUUUUUCUGUAGCCCAUGGACUUCUGCCCACUGAAUGCAUUUCUGUUGACCUUUUGAGCCUUGACAGUAGAUCAUGACGAGUUCUGCCGUUUGCUUAAGAACUGGAAUCAAGACUGUGCGUGCAUCUGCAUGCAGUGGUGAAUUGUUCUGCAUUUGAUGGUGUAGACAGACUGAAGUGACUUUCACACUGGUGACAGUUUCGUGCGGGUUUGUGAAGUUCUUACACUGAUGGCCAUUACAUGUGGGUGCCCCCUUGUCCCAGGCCCAGAGCUGCUCACAGCUGUGGCAGAGCCAUUGCAGUUUCUAAGAACCUUCCGGGCUUUACUAGAUGACGUGGUUUCUAGACAUAAUCAUGUGUAGAGUUGAUGUUUGUACACAAUAAGUGAUCAUCGAUGUCCUAACAGCAUUUUAUAGUAGGAGAGAUUUACAAGUCUUUCUCAAAUUAAGAAAUUAUGUACCAGGUCUAUGCAUAUGUUUUUAUUGCAUAGAAUAAAAACUCUAAUUUUCCAAAC